AUGUCCUUCAAGAUAUCUCAUGCUGUUGUGCUAUGUAUGCUUUUCCCUGCGAUUUGCGCAGCGAAUUACCAAGACGUUGAAGUCAGCUUCACCCUCACCACCAGGUGGCAGGCAACCUCAUUUCUACUUGAGACGGCCGAGUUUUUCGCGGACUAUGGCCCUGACAGUUACUGGGCCUUUACUGAGUCUUGGCUCGAGCCGGGAGACCAUGACUGUAGGGCGCGGAUUCUUAAUGCUGCACGCGGUGCAUCUGACUCCGAGGAUAUUUUCAAAGCCUUACAGCUCGCACUCAGAGUCCGGCAAUAUUCGCCACGCCUCGAGAUGUUUCGCUCGAUCGCACAGGAAAGCUUCAAAAACAAUUUUAACAGAAACUUUGAAGAAAAGCAAAUGUUGAAGUGUUGCUGGGCCGAACUCGGCACUUCGGGAUUUGUAGCGACCACAGAGGAGGAGCUUCGAAACUUGAUUUUCUCAUCAUCAAAGAUUAACGUCAGUGGGAUACGGCGCUCCUCAGUGUUUGACCACGUGUAUGGUGGACUUGCAGUUUAUAUGAACAUGAGUAAAACUGGCACAGGUCAGCUCGAAUCGCAAAAUAUGACUCCUCUGGGUUCUCCAACAAUCAUUCUUUACGCCGCACUAGGAACGUCGUGUUUUAAUAGCUUCCACAACAUCAUGGCUGCCGCGUCAUUGCGAGGUCAAAUCCAAUAUGUCCACCGACCAAUCUUGCUAGCUGGCUGUGAAGUAUCAGGCUGCGUGGGCCUGGGUGCUACAGAUGACGAGCUUAGACUCGGUGGCUUUGGUGUGGAGAUGGUCAUUAAAAACACAGAGUAUAAUUCUGUAGACAUUACCAGAAUACGCAGCAAAGACGAUGGUGACAUGUCGAAAAUGCGACAUGUUCUUUCCCGCCAUGUGGAAGUUGGUGGAUGUAACUUAACUGCGUUAGUGGUGCGAUUUCCGGGACUGGCUUCCAAGUUGACAACCAUACCUAACCAUCCACAGCACGAAAAUAUACGCGAAAAUCUUGAUAUAUGGCAUUUUAAGAACAUCGGCUUGCAAGCCACUCAUCGAAUUUUAUCCGCGGCCGAUCCAUUUCAGAUGCUAGAAGACAUCUCACAAAAUUUUCCAUCGCUUGCUGCGUCUCUUUCUCGCGUUGAACCAGGUAAUAUUCUCAUGACUGAAAUUAUUGAAAACCAGAAAGUUAUUCGUCCCGGCGCGCAUGUCAUGCAUAUGAAUCGUCGCCCUCUAAACCUUGACACGAUCGACUUAUUUUCAUUGGUGGAGCACAUAUGGACCGAUAUACGAGAGGGGCACAGCCUGAAAGACUUUGGCCUUGACAGUGAGCAAAUUCGCGCACUUCUCCAGCCCCAGCUACCAAUGCAGAUAGCUUUUGGUGAAGGGCAACCCCGUAUUAACCUUGAAGAUUCAGAUAGAUUGGUCAGCUGGACGAAUAACAUCGAGCUUGAUAAGAACUUUGAGGACUGGAGUCGCAGUAUUGAGCUCUUAAUUAGUGCCCAACAGGAUGGUUCAAUCCCACGCUUGCGUCGCAAUAUAUUCAAUAUAGUUGCAGUCAUUGACCUCAGCCAAAGAGAGGGACUCAAUCUUGUGAGCACAGUCCAACGGUAUAUCAACAAAUUUGACGUUCCUCUGCGGCUUGGGCUUGUCUUUGUUGACAGAGAGGCAGAAUCUGAAUCUGAAUGGAAAAGGGAUGCAAACGAUAAUGGCGUGUUUCAGAACAAAAAACAAAACGGGGAUUUCGAAUUACCCUUCGGCAUUUCUAUUGGGACGGCACUCGCACGAGCUGGGACUUUGCUCUCUCGUCGGUAUGGGGGAAAGUAUGCAGGUGAAUUCGCACGUGGGAUCGGCGAGACUCAUAAACUUAUAUCACGAGUGAAUGUUUUAAAUGAUCCGUUCUACAACAACGCCACUUGGGCAGCUGCAAAGGAAAUAUUUAAUCAGAUCUUCAAACGUGCUUUCGUUGCCAGAGAAUAUUCUACCAAAGGAGUCCGGCCUGAUGAAGAUACGAUUGACAUGCAAUUGCAGUUUGCCCUUGCUGACAUUCUUUCUUUCGAUCUUGACGAGCGUGACGAUUUGACACCAAGCUCUGCACUCUACGUCAGUCAGGCAAAGGAUCUGAUUGCGGCUAAGGGCAUUACUGUUCCGUCGGUCCUUGUAAAUGGUCUGUAUUGUUCCCUUGCCAAUGCACGAAAACUUGAAAGUGAACUUGAGCAAGUGGCAAUGCAUUUGGUUCAACUGGAAAUCCAAACAUUUGCAACAGCAAUAUCUGAAGGAAAUUUGACAGACAAAAUCUUAGACACAUAUCCUGGCGGGGCCUACGGUUGGGUUCUUCGUGACGCGACACCCAGAUACGUCCCAUUCAUUCAAGAUGCAGUGAUAUUUCCAUCGACAUAUCUUGUGAUGCGUCCCCCGUCUAAUAGAGUGGAGAGCCACACCUACCCCAUUGAAAACUUUGUCAACUACAUUUGUAAAGAUAGCCUGAAAGUAAAGGACACCACCGUAUGGUUUGUUUCUGAUGCGAGCCGUCCUGCAGCAAAAGCAGUCAUCGAUGCCGCUAUUGAUUUCAACAAACGUACCUGGAAAGGGGCGCACUGUCAAGCUAACGUCCGUUUUGCUGUACUCCACCCGCCAGGUGUGGCACCGUCACAGGAGGCGAGAGAAGCUGCACAGAAAUUUCGAUCUCAUCAUCUCGGCGAUUAUGAUCUUGACUCUCUUCUAGUGCAACAGGGCAAUUUUGUAGCUCGACUUCUCGGCCAAGAACACAUGGCGACUUUUCGCCCUCCUGAGGUUGGUUUGCUAAUUGUAAACGGACGGAUCCUUGAUAUUCCAAGGGAUUAUCAAAUGGAUGCAGAAGAUUUCUGUUUACUCCUGUCUCAAGAACAUAGAGCCCACAUUGAUCUCGUUCGCCAGAUAGUGGGCCGUUCCGUUCCUCGUAGCCUGACAGCCACGGAUACCACGCGGAUUUCUGAUAUGUAUAUGCUCAGCACCUCUCUUCUUGCAUGGCGGCGCUCAGAAUAUGGUGUGAGGCGUGAAGAGGCCGAAAUCUUGAAGGUCCUUGAAUUCACAAAAAGUGCAGUCAGUAUAUCAGGUCACGGCACAGUGGCUUUCGAGGCAGUAUUGGACCCACUCAGCAAGGAUGCACAGCGGGUCAUAUCUCUCAUCAAUGUUAUUAAAGAAACUCUCACCUCCAGCGUGACUGUCCGCAUUGUGUUAAAUCCAAUUAAUACUCUGCAUUACUUGCCCCUAAGUUCAUAUUACAGGUAUGCAGUCCCACUUGCACCUAUUAGUAUUCACCCGAGGGCGUACUUCACCGGGCUUCCCCUGAAAGAAAAAUAUACGGCACAUCUUGACAUUCCUGAAGCAUGGCUCGUUACAACGACCGCUACACAAUAUGAUCUUGAUCAUCUCAGUCUCGAAGAGUUACCGGAUGGAUUUAAUUUGGUUGAAGCUGAAUUUCAAGUUGAAGCUCUCUUAGUCACUGGGCAUUGCGUGGACAUCAACAGCAAUGAACAUCCGCGGGGCUUGCAGCUGACGCUCAAGAAUCCAUCGGAACGCGCAGGGACCAUAGUGAUGUCGACCCUCGGCUAUUUUCAGCUUCCCGCUGCACCAGGAGUAUGGUCCCUUGAACUACGCCCCGAUCAAUCUGCAAGCAACUAUUACAUGGUGCCAAAUGAUGAGUUCGGCAAGUAUGCCCAAAAGUACGUGUAUCAACAGCCAACCCAAGACCGCGGCGUCGAGUUUAUGUCGAAUCACGCUGAGCUAUAUGUUGCAAGCUGGAAAGGCAUUUCCCUAAAUCUCUAUGUUAAGCGACGACCGGAAAUGGAAUCUCAGGAUGUUCUGAGUGGUAUUGACCAUCCUGCAUCAUUGGAAACCGAGAGGAAAUCUAGAAUAACGAAUGUCCAACUCUAUGUGCCGAGUGUUAAACUCAACGGUCGUUUCAGCUUCAGCUCGAUACUGGCGAGCUUCUUGGGGAGAUGGAAGCUUCAUACAUUUGCCGACACUGGACCUUCGGACUCGCUCAAAAAGCUUACAAAUUCAGACAUGCCCAGGAGCAGGAUUGCCGAAAAUGCUUCGAGAGAUUUGACACUAGCUGAGGCUUGUCACGGUGAAAAAAUUCACAUCUUUUCGGUUGCUUCCGGCUAUCUUUAUGAGCGCCUCAUCAAGGUUAUGAUGCUCUCCGUGCGCCGCAACACCAAGAAUCCCAUAAAGUUCUGGUUUGUGAAAAACUGGCUUUCCCCUCGCUUUAAGCAAUACUUGCCUCAUUUCGCCUCCAGGUAUCGUUUUGAGUACGAAUUAGUAACGUAUAAGUGGCCAACGUGGCUGCAAAAGCAGACAGACAAACAGCGGAUCAUAUGGGCGUACAAACUAUUAUUUUUGGAUGUCAUUUUCCCUCUGUCGCUUGAAAAGAUUAUUUUUGUGGACGCAGAUCAAGUUGUACGAGCUGACAUUAAAGAACUUUGGGAAGUAGAUCUGCACGGAGCACCGUAUGCGUACACUCCGUUCUGUGACGACAAUAAAGUUAUGGAUGGAUUUCGGUUUUGGAAGCAAGGGUUUUGGGAAAGGCAUCUUGAUGGGAAGCCGUAUCACAUCAGUGCACUUUACGUGGUGGACUUGAAACGUUUUCGGCAGCUCGCAGCAGGGGACACACUACGAGUCAUUUAUGAAAACCUCUCAAAAGAUCCUAACUCAUUAGCCAAUCUUGAUCAGGACCUCCCCAAUUAUGCCCAACAUCAAGUGCCUAUCUUUUCUCUUCCACAGCAGUGGCUUUGGUGCGAAUCAUGGUGCGGCAACCAAACCAAAUUGUCUGCGAAAACAAUUGAUCUAUGUAAUAAUCCGAUGACGAAGGAACCAAAAUUGAAAGGCGCCGUGAGGAUAAUUGCGGAGUGGAGUUCUCUCGACAACGAGUUGCAGCAGCACACUUUGGAAGUUGAACAACUGAUGUCUAAUAUUUCUGGAUCGAAGAGCAAUUGGGUCUAA